CGUUUGAAUUAAGUUAUUCCGGAAAAAUCUAUUCAGCCAAUGUCUACAGCAACAUAUGCAACUGUGUUUAUUUUCGGUAGAGAAAAUCGGACAAUAAUAUUUGUCGAGCAGAUAACGCACUGCAAGCCCUAGAUAGGGAGACCUAAUAGACACAAUAAAUCCAUCAUUGUACUUCAAAUCAGUAAACGAAUGAAGUAGUGGAGAGUGUUGAAAUAAGAGGGACCAUGACCAAAGGAUAUUUUUUACUAGUUAUUGGUGUGUUGAGUGCGAUUUGGUUAUCGAAUGGCCUAAAUAUCAAAGAGACAAAACGAUGCUGUGAUCUGGGAAAAAAUUAUUCUGACGAUGGAUUCGAAUGUAACACAUUCGCUCCUGAAAUGGCGGGAAACAUGUCGACUGAGAAAAAAUGUCUGACAAUGGUGGACGUUUGCUGCGAGAAACGGCAUAAGGAACUUGAAUGUAGCGCCGGCUCUCAAAUUGCGAAACAAGGUUCAGCAUGCCCUGGAGAUGGAUCUGGAGACAAGAAGAUUUGCUGCGAGGCCUGCCAGAGUGGAAUCGACGCGGGUAAAGCUAAGGAGCCAUGUGAGGAAGGCUUGGGACUCGGCCCCCCGUACGAUGACACUUUCAAGCAUUGCUGCGAGGAAGCCCUGAAAAUAUCACCCAUUUCAACACUGAAAAGCACAGCAGCCUUAACUACACCAACAGCGACUACAUAUGAUUUGUUCAAUGAUCCAAAUAACUUCUAUUCCAAUACACCUCCAGAGAAUAUAUGUGAUUCUGACGUAUGUGCACAAAUUUGCGAGCCAAAAGGUGAUUCCUUCAGAUGCGAUUGUUACAAAGGCUACGUAUUGAUGGAAGACGGUGUUUCAUGUAAGCCACAGAAGCGGUCUCUCCAGAAAGGAGGAAGGUGUGAGAAGAACAACCCCUGUGAUCAUGAUUGUAUGGAUACUGGCACAGCUAUCAAAUGUUUAUGUCGCGAAGGGUAUGAGCUUGCAGAAGACAAUAGAACUUGUAAAGAUAUCGAUGAAUGUACACGAAACCUCCACGAUUGUGUAUCCGUUACUGAUUGCAUAAAUGAAAUCGGAACUUACUCCUGUUACGAUCCGAUCCUGCCGGAUGAAAAUGAAACUAUAGAUUUUGAGAAUAAAUGCCCUCCAGGAUAUUACUAUAAUUUGAAAAAAAUGGUUUGCGAUGAUAUCGACGAAUGUCAGUUCGAUCUUAUAUGCAUUCCACCAAAAACCUGCAGAAAUACUAUUGGAUCAUUCGUAUGCGAAGGAGAAGAUACUCCUCAAUGCCCCCCAGGGUUUCAUUUCAAAGCAGCUACGCAAACAUGUACUGAUAUUGACGAGUGCCUUCUUGGGCAAAACGAUUGCAAUAAGGAAUCGCAGGUGUGUUUGAAUACCAAAGGGAAUUAUACCUGCGUGGACAAAGCCUCUAGAAAUGCAUGUCCGCCAGGGUUCAAGAAAAAUUCCAACACUCAACUAUGUGAAGAUAUCAACGAAUGUGAGGAGGAAGAUAAUUUAUGUCCAGAAAAUGAAAUGUGUGUGAAUGAACUAGGAGGGCACACGUGCAUUCCUUUCCAGGAAACAGUUGUUAGCAAAUUUACAACAACACCUACAACUAGUAGGACAACUACAAGGACUACAACCGAAUUGAUUCCGACACGUCGACGAAUCUCUUGUCCUAAAGGUUACAGUUACUAUGAAGAAUCAAAUGUCUGUGCAGAUAUAAAUGAAUGUCAAAUGGGACUCCACGAUUGUGAAGUUGCAGAAAGGUGUGACAAUACCAUUGGAUCGUAUCAUUGUUCCAGAAUUCUGGGAUGUGGAACAGGAUACACGUUGAAUGGAAAUAACGGCCUUUGCGAAGAUGAUGAUGAGUGUUCUUUAAAAACCGACAACUGCAAAGAAUUAGGUCCAAACUUCAAGUGUAGAAAUACGCUGGGGUCAUAUCGAUGCGAGCCUCUUCGACACAAAUCUCCAAGGCCUACCGUAGUGACGACCACAGGCAGGAGUUCUAGUACCAGCACAACUACCAAUCGUUCACCAUUUCAAAAUUCAAUGAACAAUUCUCAAUCCCAAUAUACUUAUCCAACAUUCGGUUACCCCACCUUAACACCCAAAAUACGUCCCACUUCUGAAAAAGACACAGUAUAUGGCACUGCAAUCCCUUUCAGAAAGGACUACACAAGUACCUCUGACACAAAUAAACUUGUGGCUGCAACUAUUAUCCCUGUCCAUGGAGAUCCUCCAGACUCUUCAGAUAUAAGAAAUCGUGUCGCUGGAACUGUGAUUCCAAUCAAGAGAGAAGAAGCUUCGACACCAACUGCUACAACAACAGGUCAAUCUUCUUCUCUUCAUAACACCAUCGUUUUCAAACCCUACCCAACCCCUUCUGGGACUCUGCCGUAUUAUUCACCCCGAUGGACAACUCCCACAACUCCCUUUGGAACUCUACCAUAUUACUCGCCAAGGCAAACGACAAUGACGACGACAACAACUACAACAACCCAAAGGUCUGUCAGACCAAUUCCGUUUUAUCCUGUUAUAAGUGGCCAGCUGAAGAAAUGUUUACCUGGCUAUAGAAUGAAUUACAAAGGAGAAUGUGAAG